AUGCUGCGAACGACUUUAAGGCGGUGUGUCGGGUGCCGCAUGUACACUGCGUCGCCGGGCACUAGUGCCUCGGAGACCAAAAAUGGCCCAGCAUUGUCUGAGGAAGUUGAGGACGCACCUCCAAAGACCUUCGCCCAGAUCUUGGAAGAAAUGGGAAAACGGAAAAAAGCUUCAGAAGCCCGCUUCAAUUUCCCUUUGAGUAUUUUAUACGAGGGACGCCAUGGAUCUGUUCACUAUGGUUCUGUUUCCGCAAGUGACAUCAGAAAACCCAUUUCUAUAGGCGAUCUGCUGUUAUUGGCCUCGGGGCCCGUCAUGGUGGUUAGCAGAAAAAGCCGUCAAGAUGGUAAACUUAUUGUCGCGAAUGCGGUAGGAAUCACUCGUGAGAUUGGUAUAUCUACAGUAGAGGCCCGAUUGGGCUCGCUGAUUCGCCCCUCAUCCAUCGGUAACCGUUCAUUGUACGAUCCCGAGGGCGGAAGAGUGAGCCCGGAAGUUCACAAUUUGUUGGCUGUGGAACUGCGAAAUUUCUACAACCGGGCGGCAGCUAAGAGCAGUUCUAUCCAGGACAAAGUUGGUGAUAUUUUGCGUCUCCUACAAAGCGAAGAUCAGCCCCGAACAAUGGCCUUUUUCGACUUUGUCGCUCUAGUCGACCGCAUUGACCUCUCCACCUGCGAUGCAAUAGAAUACCCGAGUGACUACCUGAAGGUUGCCACGCCUCGUCUUACCCCGGAGUCGAUUUAUGCUGUUCGUAUGGCUCUAGAGCACUAUACGUUGGCAAACAAACAUGUUUUGGAGUUUUCUUACCUGGGUGCCUACUGCCUGACGGUUCUUCCUAGAAAGAUUGAAGCACGAAACGUCCGAAUUCUUACUGCACCGACAAUUGCUUCCUCUUCGGAUACGACUUUCCCCAGAUCACAACUUGAAUAUUGCAAAGACUAUGCCCUGGGUAACCUCAGUACUUCCAACCCCAGCUCGGACGGGUUGGCCCUGGAGAUUAUUCGCAAACAUCCGGAUUUUGCAAAAAAAAAUCUAUCGCAAGGUUCAGCUGCUGAGAUGGUUAAUCGCUAUGGUAUGCUUAAUUCUAAUGGACCUUAUCUUGACAAGUAUGCCCAUCACUGGAUGGGCUCACCACCCGUCAAACCAGGAACGAGUUAUGAUCAAGACAUCUUUCAAAAAAUCAGAUCAGAGCAUGAUGAACCCGUUUACUGCAUCGACUCUGCUACUGCACAUGAAAUCGACGAUGGAAUUUCGAUUUCCAAAAUAGGCGACACGGCUGUCGUUGGCGUACAUAUUGCCGAUCCAACCUCUGCGUUUGGCCCAGACCUAGCCGCGUCUGUAUUCAAGAAGCCGACAACUGUGUAUUUGCCAACAGGACCUUUAUUCAUGAUGGACGAGUCAGUAUCGGAAGCGUUUAGUUUGAAGCCGGGCGCACGUCGUCGCGCGCUCUCGGUGUUUACAACUUACGAUCUUGAAACUGGACGAAGAAUUGGAACCCAAAUUAAGCACUCUAUUCUAUCCAAUGUCGUGACGAAAACGUAUACUCAGGUGGAUGAUGAGUUAGCGGAUGGGCAUACAGGAGACCUCAAGACUCUUUCAGAUCUGGCAUCCAAGCUUGAGGCUUCUCGAUUCGCAAAUGGCGCUUUUUCUUUCAGAUUUGGCGGGACUCCGUCGGUAUCUGUUGAAUCUGAUGGUAUCCAUCUUGCUCCCCAGUUGAACUCCUCAAAUUCCUUGGCUACGCGACUAGUAACGGAGAUGAUGAUUCAGGCCAACUGUUCUGUCGCAGAGUUUACAGCAGAACGGAAGCUACCAAACGUGUACCGGUCGCAAACCCUUGAAUUUUGGACGGCUUCGGAAAAGCUGGAAUUCGAGAACGCGGUCGCAGCUCACACUCCUCUAGGAUUCAAAUUCCGCGCCAACAUCCCGCGGGCCCGCCUCAGUACAGGCAUUUCUAGUCAUGCCGCUUUAGGAGUCCCGCUAUAUUCCCAUUUCACGUCACCUUUACGUCGUGGACAAGAUAUUUUGACCCACUUGUCUGUGGCGCAUCAUCUAGCGGGCCACGGAACUCCAUUCGACCACGCCAAGCUGGGAGGUAUGCUUCCGUGGAUAGAAACUGCCCAGCUCCAAGCCAAACAAUGCCAAAACGUCGCACUUCGAUAUUGGAUUCUCAAGGCUCUCAUGGACAGGGUUGGGGAGACGGUCAGAGGUACAAUCUGCGAAGUACACCCAGACUUUGUGAUGGUUUACCUUCCGGACUACGGUGUACGUGCCCGCGCCGAUUUCAAGGGCCAAAUCGACCAGGACGUUGUCGGAAAAAUUACAGAAGUCGACGCAGUUGGCAACUGGUGUAAUAUCUGUAUAUAG